GUAACCUGCAAUGAUGUGAACCUUUGAUCAUUUUUUUUUGUCAGUAUGAGUCAAGAGGUUGCCGUCAUGCCUCGGUUCUGUAGUGGGUAUCUGGGGGUUUCUGUCUGUUUCUAAUGCUGACGCUGCUGCUGAUCCCUGACCUGUCGCCAGUCGCUGAGGAUCCCUUUUUAAGUCAGUUUUGACUUAAACUCUGAGUCUUCAACAUGGACCCCAAGGGCCCGAGUAGCACCUUUAAACGUUCCUCCCUGAAACGUACCACAUCCGGCUCGCAGAAGGCGCAAAAAGCUUGGAUUGAGAGGAACUUUUUCAAAAGAGAAUGUAUUCACAUAUUUCCCACCAAGGACCCGACCAGAUGUGCCUGUGGUCAGCUGACAACGCAGCACGUGGCCAUCCCUCCUGGUGCCAACUCGCUAGAGGAGGCACACCAGUUGGUGCAGAUCGACACCCCAAAGGAUAAAUGGAGCGUGAUCAAGCACACCAGGACCUACCCGACCGACUCCUUUGGCCUGAUUGAAUUCCAGGGUGGAGGGUUCAUCAACAAGGCCAUGUAUAUCCGAGUCUCGUACGACACCAAGCCGGACAACCUCCUGCAUUUAAUGGUGAAGGACUGGCAGUUGGAGCUGCCCACCUUGCUCAUCUCCGUACACGGAGGCCUCCAGAACUUCGACCUGCAGCCAAAACUCAAGCAAGUGUUCGGCAAAGGCCUGAUCAAAGCCGCCGUCACCACUGGAGCUUGGAUCUUCACGGGCGGAGUCAACACGGGGGUGAUCCGUCAUGUCGGGGAUGCCUUAAAGGAACAUUCCUCCAAGUCACGAGGGAAGGUGUGCGCGAUAGGAAUCGCUCCCUGGGGGAUCCUGGAAAACAAAGAGGACCUCAUCGGAAAAGAUGUAAACAGACCCUAUCAGACAAUGGCGAACCCUCUGAGCAAGCUGGCUGUGCUCAACAACAGCCACUCGCACUUCAUCCUGACCGACAACGGCACCUGCGGCAAGUACGGCUCCGAGGUCAAACUCCGUCGGCUGCUGGAGAAGCACAUCUCCCUGCAGAAGAUCAACACUCGAUUGGGUCAGGGGGUCCCUCUAGUGUGUCUCAUAGUGGAGGGAGGUCCUAACGUGAUCUCCAUCGCACUGGAGAGUCUGAGAGAUGAGCCUCCGAUCCCCGUGGUGGUGUGCGACGGCAGUGGCAGAGCUUCUGACAUCAUUUCCUUUGCGCACAAGUUCUCAGAGGAUGGAGGCCUGGUUAACGAUGAUGUCAGAGAGCAGCUUCUGGUGACCAUUCAGAAGACUUUCAACUACAGCAAAAGCCAGUCGCAGCAGAUCCUGCUCAUGGUUAUGGAGUGCAUGAAGAAGAGGGAGCUGAUCACGGUUUUUCGAAUGGGCUCAGAAGGACAACAAGAUAUUGAAAUGGCCAUUCUCACUGCCUUGUUAAAAGGAACAAAUGCGGCAGCAGCCGACCAGCUCAGUUUGGCUCUGGCCUGGAACAGGGUGGAUAUUGCUCGCAAUCACAUAUUUGUGUACGGACACAAUUUACCACCUGCCGGUGCCAUCGCCAACACUGCAGCCUCGGGAGCUCCGGCCCAGGAGAAGCAAAAGAGUCCUGCCAGCGCUCCUCGCAGCAAAACCCGGGGGAAGAAAGGGAAGGGGAAGGGAAAGGCAAAGCCUGAACCUCCAGAGGAAACAGACCCACGGAAGCUGGAGAUGAUUCGCUGGGUGAACUCUCUGGAGCAGGCCAUGAUGGAUGCUCUGGUGCUGGACAGAGUGGACUUUGUUAAGCUGCUCCUUGAGAAUGGGGUCAAUAUUCACCACUUCCUCACCAUUCCCAGACUGGAGGAGUUAUACAACACGAAACUUGGCCCUGCUAACUCACUGAACGCUGUGGUUCGGGACGUCAAGAAGGGAAACCUUCCUCCAGAUUAUCAGAUCACCUUGAUUGAUAUUGGUCUGGUGCUGGAGUGCUUCAUGGGUGGAGCUUACAGGAGCAAUUACACCAGGAAGGCUUUCCGGAACCUUUACAAUAAUUUGUACGGACUAAAAAGGCCAAAGGCUCUGAAGCUCCUGGGAAUGGAGGAUGAUGAACCCAGGCAAAAAGGCAAGAAAAAGGCAAAAAAGAAGAAAGAGGAAGAGGUGGAGAUUGACGUGGAUGACCCCGAGGUCUGUCGAUUCAAGUUCCCCUUCCACGAGCUAAUGCUGUGGGCAGUGUUGAUGAAGCGCCAGAAGAUGGCGCUGUUCCUCUGGCAGCGCGGAGAGGAGGCCAUGGCGAAGGCCCUGGUGGCCUGCAAGCUGUAUAAAGCCAUGGCCCACGAGUGCUCAGAGAGUGAACUGGUGGAUGACAUCUCCCAAGAUCUGGAGAACAACUCCAAAGAAUUUGGCCAGCUGGCCUACGAGCUGUUGGACCAGUCGUACAAGCAUGAUGAACAGGUGGCCAUGAAACUCUUAACAUACGAGCUGGUCAACUGGAGUAACUCCACCUGCCUGAAGCUGGCUGUUGCUGCUAAGCAACGUGACUUCAUCGCUCACACCUGCAGCCAAAUGUUGCUCACUGACAUGUGGAUGGGCAGCUUGAGGAUUGGCAAAAAUCCUGGCCUCAAGGUUAUUCUUGGAAUCAUUUUCCCUCCUCUGAUCCUACUGCUCGAUUUCCGUCUCGGAGAUGAUGCAUCCUAUCACACACCUGGAGACAAAGAAGAAGGAAAGGACAAGGACGACGAUGCAAAAUCCAGCAAGGACCCGAACGCUGAUGCAACUUCCCGUAAAGGGGACGAAGAGGAGGGCAGCCAUAAUGUCCGAAAAAUCCCCAUUGGAAAAAGGUUCUUUGAGUUUUACGAUGCGCCAUUCACCAAAUUCUGGUUCAACACUAUCUGCUAUCUGGGCUAUCUGAUGUUGUACAACUACAUAAUCCUGGUGAAGAUGGAGCGAUGGCCGUCUUUACAAGAGUGGACUGUCAUUGCAUACAUACUCACACUUGGUGCUGAAAAAGUCAGACAGAUUCUGAUGUCAGAGCCGGGGAAGCUGAAACAGAAGAUAAGUGUGUGGCUGGAGGAGUACUGGAACAUCACGGACCUGGCUGCCAUUUGCACCUUCCUUCUUGGGCUAAUGCUGCGGCUGCAGCAUGAACCUUAUAUGGGCUACGGGAGAGUCAUCUACUGUAUUGAUAUCAUCUUCUGGUACAUCCGCGUAUUGGACAUCUUUGGUGUGAACAAAUACCUGGGGCCCUAUGUGAUGAUGAUAGGGAAAAUGAUGAUAGAUAUGAUGUACUUUGUGGUCAUCAUGCUGGUGGUGCUGAUGAGCUUCGGGGUGGCUCGGCAAGCCAUCCUCCACCCCGAUGAGGAGCCGACAUGGCGCCUGGCCAGAAACAUUUUCUACAUGCCCUACUGGAUGAUCUAUGGAGAGGUUUUUGCGGACUCGAUAGACCUCUAUGCGAUGGAAAUCAACCCUCCAUGUGGUGAACAUUUAUAUGACGAGGACGGGAAGAAACUGCCUCCAUGUAUCCCUGGCGCCUGGCUCACACCUGCUAUAAUGGCCUGUUACCUUCUCGUGGCAAACAUUCUUCUGGUCAACUUGCUCAUUGCAGUGUUCAACAACACUUUCUUUGAGGUCAAGUCCAUUUCCAACCAGGUGUGGAAGUUCCAGAGAUAUCAGCUGAUCAUGACGUUCCAUGACCGUCCCAUCCUGCCGCCACCGCUCAUCAUCUUCAGCCACCUCUACAUCGUCUUAAACAGGCUGUUUCGGCGUUGUGCCAGGAAGAGGCAAGAGGGGGAGCUGGAUGAGAAGGACCGCGGGCUCAAGCUUAGGCUGAAUCCAGAAGAACUGAAAAGCCUGUAUGAGUUUGAAGAACAAUGUGUGGAGGAAUACUUCCGUGAGAAGGAGGACGAGCAGCAGUCCUCCAGCGAUGAACGCAUCAAGGUCACAUCAGAAAGAGUUGAGAAUAUGUCCAUGCGUCUGGAGGAGGUAAAUGAGAGGGAGAACACUAUGAAGGCCUCCCUGCAGACCGUGGAUCUGCGCCUGGCCCAACUGGAGGAGAUCCACGGACGAAUGGCAGUUGCCCUGGAAAAACUUGCAGGGGUAGACAGAUUGGAGCUGACCAGAACCUAUUCACGAAACUCCUCUGUGUGUGACCCCUCUUCCCUACUUCGCCAGGGUAGUAUCAACAGCGCUGAUGGUUACAGUCUUUACCGCUUCCACAUGGAUAUGGAGGAGUUUGCAUCGAAGCAGAAAGACACCGACGAGGCAACUAAAACUAGUGUCGAAAGACAGAGGAGUCUGCGGCAAGCCUCUAGUGUUUCUACUCUCGCAAAAGAAGGUGGGCAGACCCUAGAGGUUGGUGGUUUGGAGAGAUCACGGCCAAGUUCAUGUGUUGACAUUCUCAUAUCUCCCUGUGAACCAAAGCCUCUUUCUGCAGCAUCAAGUCAAGAUCCCCUAAGACAAGGCAGCACAAUGCUGCUAAAUAGACUACCAGAUACAAAUAGACUCAGGCCUUCUUCCCCUCCAAAAAGGACUAAAUCCUUGAAACACUAUCCAGUCGAAGACCAAGCCCCGUGUCCUUUGACAAAGAGGAGGUCGAUGAGCACCAUCAUCGUCAGCCCACCUGAUGAACCAGAGAAAGCAGCCGAACCCAUACAGAAGGCCGAGCUACCGCAGCAAACCUCCUCUUCCCCAAAGAGGACUAAAUCACUAAGAUAUAUCCCACCUGAAAGCCAAAGCCAGACAUCUCCUAUCACAAAGAAGAGAGCUAUGAGCAGCAUCCUCUACAACCCAGACGAGGCAGGUGAUGAUGUGCUGCACCCUCCAGACUACAAGUCAGUGAUGGAGCAGGUCACUAAAUCACCAAAUCAGUGGCCAGCAAACUUGGAGUACCAGGUGCAUUCCAGCACUUAUGGUCAAAUGCCGAAAGUUUCUACAGUCAGAGCUCUUGCCCAGCAGUUUCAAACUGGUGCUCCAACAAUGAAAAAAGAGGAGACGCCGAUCGAUCAUGUUUCUUUAGAAAGUAAAGGAGCCAUUCCAACAGAAGAACCUGUGGUAGACCAAACAAAGAUGAAGGCCAAGAGAAACCUCUCAGACACUACUGACUAUCUGACUGUAGCUGACGCAAGGUGCAUGCCGUCUCACAGGUCACAGAGCUGGAAUGAAACGGAGAGGAAAGCGAUGCAUGCCAUGGGUAGCAGGGAUCGGAGAACCUCCAGCAGCGAGAGAGACCUUGUCGACGCCUGCAAUGUGGCGGGAGAGGAAAACAAGAUGGAUGCAGGGAAGAGAGAAGAUGGUGCACAAGAAAAAUAAAUGACAGCCACAAAGAGAGGGGGAUCAAUGAAGGCAGCAACAGAGGACAGUAAUGCAGACAAAGAAGAAGAGGAAGUGAAUGCUACCAGUGAGGAAGGGAACUGCGAAACUGUUAUUGCCGCUGACU